GACGCCAUGUGCAUAACUCGGCACUAGUCCCUCAAAAAGAAAAGAAAAAGGGGGCAAGCUAGUCCUCCUCUUGAUGGACUGCCGCUCCGCCCCCGGGUGCCCGCGAGCGCGCACCGCCGCAACCCUAAUGCCCCCCCGCCUUCUUCCCCUGCUGCUCCUGGCCGCCGCCGUCGCCGCCGCCGCUGGACACGGGGACUCCUCGGCGUCCUCCUGCCCGUUCCACGGCGGCCACGACGAGGAGCCCCACCAUGACCAUGACCACGGGCACAGCUGCGGCGGCGGUGAUACCCACCACCACCACCACCGCGACGAGAUCCAGCGGCUGCUCCCGGAGGAGCUGGCCGAGGAGGCGGAUCUCGAGCUCGACGCCUUGGGCCACGACCACCAUCACCACCACGGUCAUCACCAUGACCACAGCCACGGCGACUUUCAGCCCGAGAUGUCUCCCAUGGGGGUGUGGUUGAGCGCGAUGGGGUGCUCGUUGCUGGUCAGCAUGGCGUCGCUUGUCUGCCUCGUUCUCCUCCCAGUAAUCUUCUUUAAGGGGAAACCAUCCAAGGCCAUGGUGGAUGCACUUGCGGUAUUUGGGGCUGGAGCAAUGCUUGGAGAUUCAUUCUUUCAUCAACUUCCCCAUGCUUUUGGUGGAGGGCAUUCUCAUUCACAUGAUCAUGAAGAUCAUAGUCAUGCUCAUGAGCAUUCACAUGCACACUCUCUGGAAGACCUCUCCGUUGGCAUGUCUAUUUUAUUUGGUAUUGUAUUGUUCUUUAUUGUGGAGAAGAUUGUGAGGUAUGUUGAAGACAAUUCUCAAAAGGGAGCUCAUAGCUUCGGUCAUGGGCACCAUCAUCACCAUCAUAAUCGACAAGACAUCAGUGAUAAGGCAAAGUUGGAUGACACAGAAAGUGAUCAUGAGGGUAAAGACACAGAUCCUACAGAAAAAGAUUCUUUGCAUGAUGAUUCAAUUGGAAAAUUAGAUGAGAGAAGUAAUAAAGAGUCUAAUGCUACUAUACGUAAGAGGAGCUCUUCCAGUUCCAGUGCCUCUGAUAAAGAGCCUAGCAAAUCUGAAACUGAUCCUGCUCCCAGCAAAGCAUUAGCGAGUGAAGAUUCCCCUGUUUCAAACUCAAACUUGGUGUUUGGCUACCUCAAUCUUUUCUCUGAUGGUGUUCAUAACUUCACUGACGGGAUGGCUCUUGGAAGUGCUUUUCUGCUACAUGGUUCUGCUGGAGGAUGGUCUAGAACUUUAUUUCUGCUCGCACAUGAACUUCCUCAAGAGGUUGGGGAUUUUGGGAUCCUGGUUCGCUCAGGCUUCACCGUAUCUAAAGCCCUAUUUUUCAAUUUUCUCUCUGCGUUGGUUGCUCUUGCUGGAACAGCACUGGCACUGUCUUUGGGAAAAGAUCCAGGACAUUCCUCUUUGAUUGAGGGAUUUACUGCUGGUGGUUUUAUUUAUAUUGCUGUUGCUGGGGUCCUCCCACAGAUGAACGAUCAGAAAACUACACUAAGCAACUCAUUGACUCAGUUGAUUUUCCUGACAAUGGGAAUGCUGGUUGCUCUCGGCAUAUCUCUAGUAGAAUGAUCUGAAUCUCCAUUUCGUUGUAGCUUUAGCUUUAAGCGGCACUUCCACAAGUAUGCUGAAUUUUGAACUGCUCCAGCCUGGAAGAUGGCUUCUCUUGAUAUUUUGGCUGAAAAUGUAGCAGUAUUGCUUGUCAACUAAUUGGUCUACAUCAAUAUAUCCGAGAUGCACUGUACUCAACCUUGAACCUUUAUGAAAUGAAGGUUUACAUCACUAUCCCUUUUUUGAAA